AUGAAACCCAAAUGGGUUCCUUCUUCACUGACCUCUCUUCUCGCUUCGUACAAGGCCCGAUUUCAUCAAGCCGCGUCUUCUUCCUCGGAAGCUUCCACUUUCGUCCUCAACCAUGUAGAUGUAAGCCUCCUCCUGUCCCUUUGCGGGAGAGAAGGCAACCUUCAUCUGGGUUCUUCUCUUCACGCUUCCAUCAUGAAGACCCACGAUUUCACCGCCCACCACCAGCAAGAUUGUUACAGCUCGCAAAAUUCCGUCGUCAUCUGUAACUCCCUCCUUUCGUUGUAUUCUAAGUGUGGGGUUUUGAAUGAUGCGGUUAAGGUGUUCGAUGAAAUGCCGCGCAGAGAUACCAUCUCGUGGAACACGUUGAUCUCUGGGUUCUUAAGCAUUGGUGAGUUUGAAGUGGGGUUGGGAUGGUUUAAACAGAUGCAAAGGUUGGAUCUUUACAGUUUUGAUCAAGCAACGUUGACCACCGUUUUGUCUGCUUUUGAGAAGCCAGAGUUCGGAUAUGCCAAUAGGAUGAUACAUGGUCUGGUGUUCUUGAGCGGGUUUGAUGGAGACACUAGCGUUGGCAACGCUUUGAUAACUUCUUACUUCAAAUGUGGAUCUUCGUGUUCAGGGAAACAGGUUUUUGACGAAAUGCUUGAAAGGAAUGUCAUUAGUUGGACUGCUGCAAUUUCAGGACUAUCCCAGAACGAAUUGUACGAUGAUAGUUUGAGACUGACAGUGGAAAUGCUUCGGGGCUCGGCCAAACCAAACUUCCUAACAUAUUUGAGUGCGUUGAUGGCUUGUUCUGGCUUGAAAGCUUUCAAGGAAGGGGUUCAAAUUCAUGCACAUGUAUGGAAAUUGGGUAUUCAAUCGGAACUCUGCAUCGAGAGUGCCUUAAUGGACAUGUACUCCAAAUGUGGAAGCGUUGAAGAUUCCUGGCGCAUUUUUGACUCUGCCAAGCAACUUGACGAGGUCUCCAUGACCGUAAUACUCGCUGGUUUUGCUCAGAAUGGGUUUGAGCAAGAAGCUUUACAGUUUUUCACAAGAAUGGUCAGAUCAGGAGUUGAGAUCGACGCAAAUAUGGUCUCAGCUGCUCUCGGUGCAUUUGAUGCCAAUGCUUCUUUGAGUCUUGGUCAGCAAAUUCACUCGAUGAUAAUCAAAAGAAAGUUCGACUCGAAUGCAUUUGUCUGCAAUGGCCUCAUCAACAUGUACUCCAAGUGUGGAGACCUCUACGAGUCAAUCAAGAUCUUCAACCACAUGCCAUUGAAGAACUCUGUCUCGUGGAACUCCAUGAUAGCUGCUUCAACGCGCCAUGGUGAUUUCUCCAGGGCACUGCAGUUCUACCAGGAGAUGAAACUAGAAGAAGGUGUCGACCCAACAGACGUCACAUUUCUCUCCUUGCUCCAUGCCUGCAGCCACGGGGGCUUCCUGGACGAAGGGAUGAACUUGCUCGAAUCCAUGAAUCAAUCGCACAGCAUCAUUCCAAGAACGGAGCACUACGCUUGUGUUGUCGACAUGCUAGGCAGGGCAGGGCUCCUGAACGAAGCCAAGGUGUUUAUCGACGGACUGCCCCUCGAGCCUGAUGUGCUCAUAUGGCAGGCUUUACUUGGCGCUUGUGGAAUCCACGGAGACGCAGAGAUGGGGAAGUUUGCUGCUGAGAAGCUGUUCUUGUGUGCACCUAAUGAGCCUGGACCAUAUGUUCUGCUGGCUAACAUUUAUUCCUCUAACAGGAGAUGGAAAGAGAGAGCGAAGACAAUCCGUAGGAUGAAGGAAAUGGGAGUGGGGAAAGAGACUGGGAUGAGUUGGAUUGAGAUUGAGAAGAAAGUUCAUAGCUUUGUUGUUGAGGAUAGAAUGCAUCCUGAAGGAGAGGCUAUAUAUGGACUAAUCAUGGAGUUGCUAGGGAAUAUGGCUGAUCAUGGUUAUGUGCCUGAUAAGAGGUUUCUUCUUCAUUAUGCGGAUCAGAAUGGGAGACAAUAG